GAAAAGCUGAGCCACAUCAAUGUCAGCGCUUCAGCCCUGUAGUCUGGCUAUCAUAAAAUUUCCUUGGCUUCCCUUGGUUCAAUACAAUGCACAAUUUUUUCUUAUCCAUGUUCGCAUUAUACUCAGGGUCAUCCGACAAGGUACGACCAACGUUUCAACUGGACCAUUCAGUGCGGAAAGUUAAAAUAGCUAGCCCCGUAAUACUUAUGUAACUAAAUACUCGGAUUGAUCAGGAACUUCAAGACCCUAGGAGUCUCGUGAUGUUAGGCAGGAACAGCUGAGUCUAAUCCCCUUGUUGCUGCGCCCUUAGGCGUUUUUCGCCAGGUUCGUAUGUAUGCACCACUCGGAAGCCUAUCAACUAUUACGAUCGGCAACAUUUUGGAUGGAUGAUUUACUAUAUGAAAGCUUGGACUCUACGCCCCAAUUCUCCUCUAACAACAGUGUCCUCAUGUCAAAACCAUUACCCGUCGGGGACAUACAAAAGUCCACAUUCGUAGGAUUCAAUAUCGCUCUUCUUAUGUUUGGUGUCUCCCUAUGCCAAAACUAUUAUUACUUCCGUAUGUUCCCGAAGGACAAUAUAUUCCAGAAGUGUCUGGUAGGGUUGAUAUGGGUUGGAAGUACUUUCCAGAUCUAUUGCAUGAUAACGCUCCAAGGCCAUUUUCUUGUCACAGGACAUCAUAGUGACCCUGGAAACUUGCCUGCUUUACCCUGGCAGGGCACGGCGAAUGCUGUACAAAUGUUCUCGAUUCCGUUCAUUGUGCAGUGCUUUUACGGUUGGAGACUGUGGAUAAUCAGUGGUGGGAAUGUCUUGCUCGUUGCUUCUGUGAUACUGUUCAGUGCUGCCACGUUCCUGAGCAGCGUGGGAUUUAUAUUUGGGCUUGAAUUACCGAUGUUCGCCUUGCGUGCGGCGUUUUCUGCAACAGGUGUUAUCGCAGACGUAUUGAUUACGGGUUCGGUAUACUAUUAUCUCAGGCCGAGCCGCUAUGGAAUGAAAAGAGCAGAAACUGCCGUCCAACAUAUUGUGACCGUGACCAUUAACAUGGGAGCAUUGACAAGCAUUAUUGCGUUGUGGCUCUGGAUAACGUGGCUUACACAAGGGGCGAUUCCUCCGAUCUCCACUCCGCUCAUGAUAACUAGCCAGUCAUAUGUCAAUUCCAUUCUUGCAGUAUUAAAUGCGAGGGCCCAAGAGCCGCAGAGGCCGCGUAGUCCAGACAAGCCACUUACUUUUGGACUUAUGAGCUUAUCCAUACCGGAACAUCUGAGCAGCCGGAGAAAGAAAUCAGUUUGUCCUCUAGACGCACCCGAGUGUGCCGUGGCAGCGUAGUCACCGAAAUAUAAACACAUUGUGUUCCGUGCUGCACUAUGGAAGUCGGAGUGCCCAAUUAUUCUCCUCGUUCUCGUUGAUCCGCCAUCCGAGUCCAAGGAUCGCCCUACUGUCCACGGAUAUUUCUGUCCUGUUGGUCUAA